AUGUUUGUCUAUAGAAGACUUCGACCGGAUUGUCGAGACAUUCGACUCGUACGGUUCAUGACCACGCCUGAUGCAUUACAAGGCAACGGCCGCCUCCAGUUGCAGUUGGCCUCGGUCCGAUUGAACGAGGCGCCGUCAUAUUGUGCUCUCUCCUAUGUUUGGGGAGAUCCCACGCCAAGAUUCUCAAUCAUCCUCAACGGUCAACAGUUCGAGAUAGCGGAGACUCUUCACUUCGCCUUGUCCCAGUUGUCUCAUGCAGCGCCUGGUGAUGUGUGGUUCUGGAUUGACGCCAUCUGCAUUAACCAAAGCGAUCUCGAAGAGAGAAGCUGGCAGGUGGGGCAGAUGCGAGACAUAUUCCAAAGAGCAGAAUCGGUCUAUGUUUCUCUUGGAGACAGCCACGACGAAAGCGCACUUUUUCUCGCCCUCAGUAAUUACCUCGGCCAUGACGCAAGGGAGGCUGGCGUUCUUGAGCUGUGGGCCAGUUUCUCUCACGGAGGCCACCGCAAGCUCACAUUUCCAGAUGACCCAGAAGAACACCCGGCACUUCUAUUCCUCUCAAAAGUUCUGGACUACGAAGAUCUCCGGGACACACGAGUGCUUAAUGCCAUGGCAUGCCUGCUGGACCGCCCAAUCUGGUACCGCGCCUGGGUCGUACAAGAGAUUGCCUUAGCCAAGAGCGGUAAAGUUCUUUGCGGGGAGCAGAGCAUCGAUCUCGAUGGCUUCCACGCUACCCUAACCGCUAUAUACUUCGCCAAGAUCGGCGGUUUUGCUCGUCGGCAGCCACAGUGGAACGACUUCGGGUUAGGUCUAAAUAACAACCGCUUCCAUAUCCAGUGUCUUCUUUCCCGUCUACAGCUUCGUCGGGGACAACCUUUCAGCCUUUUGGAGCUUCUCUUGUCAGAGAUGAGGGGAGCAGACUAUAAAAGACCAUUUUACGCGGCUUCGGACCCGAGAGACAUUAUAUUCGCCCUUUUAGGUGUCGCCGCUGACGCGGACGUGUUGGGUAUACGGCCGGAUUAUCGUCAGCCUACCGAACUAGUUUACACCGAAGCUACAAAGGCAAUGAUAAAACACUGCCCCCAUUACAGGCUGGAGUAUUGCACGUUUCCAAAAGAUACACCUCACCUGCCGUCUUGGGUACCAGACUGGGAGCGUAUCGGCCGCUUGGGAGUCCAGGUCCCCCCCUUGAGCUACCGGGAUUAUUUCCACGCAUCACGAGGCAGAACACAACCCUGUACUGCGGAAGCAAGCGGUCUUACGCUAUGGCGAAGAGGCAUAGUGAUUGACUCUAUUGCUAAAGUCUUCACUUUUGACGAGUCAACUAUUGCUGAACAGGAUUGUCGUGUCAACGGUAUGGACCUCGCGACUAUGUUGGAAUCCAAAACCGGCAGGCCGAAGUUUCUGAAAGCGUUGUUGGAUUUUAUAAAGCCGUAUUGCAAAGACAAUUCGUCGGAGUCAAACUUGUGGCGGGUUAUGUUGAGCGGGCUAAUGGGUAGUGAGAAACAGACGUCGGAAUUCGACGCCCUAGCCUUUCGAGCAUUUCGUCAGGAAGCAGUUGCCGCUAAUUCCAUUGACGAGGCGCAACUGGGCUAUAUAUUAAGGAACUCACGCCCGUACCCGCACGAGCUUGAACAAGACGAGGAUAUACAGACGCUUGUGGACGACUUUUGUGAUAGAAUUGUAACUAAUGUGGCCGUGGGGGCCCGUGGACGGGCACUACUUGUGACCGUUCACGGAGCGCUCGGUCUAGGCCCUUACACGGUGCGUGAAGAAGAUGUAGUCACGAUCCUGUUUGGCACGCAAGUGCCCAUAGUUUUGCGACCCGCUGGAGCCACAUACACGUACGUAGGAGAUGCUUACAUUGAGGGCUCAAUGAAGGGCGAGCGUAUGGCGGAAGAGUUUGAGGAGCUAGAUUUUGAAAUUAGUUAA